AAAUUCAACUGUAAUUACAAAAUAUUUUAAAAAUAAGAAUUGGCUUUUACAACUUCAAUUCUUCUUGCAUGCAUUCCACUAAGUCUAUAGCCUAAUGAGAAUUUGGCUGUGCCCGCUAUAAAAUCUGCUAAACUGUGUAUGGACCAAUAAACUGAUUUGAAUACAGGAACAGUCAGAAUGGGAACAAAUUAAAAGCUUGCAAGAAAAGGGGAAAGACCAGUGAGAACCUGAGCUACUGCGUGAAGACUAGGAUUUAUCUUUGCUCGUAGCUAUGUAUGGUAUGUAUGUCUGUGUCAUGUGAGGGUGUGAUUGUCCCUCAGCCCUGUUUGCAGCCACAGCAGCAUGUUGUCCAGUCUCUCCAGCCCCUGCCUAUCCUUGUCACCGUGGGGGCAGCUAUUGACUGCCUGGCUCACAGGAGACAUGUCUAUAGUGUCGUCCUCCUCACAAAGGUCUGAGAGCUGACAUCCAUCACAGGGUCCUACAGACAGACUUAGCUACUGAAGUCCUGAUCAGGAUUCGCGGUCUGUCAAUGAGGAACUACAGGCUCAUCUUUUGCCAUAACCUGAAGCAGCCAUAGAUGACCAUUCGAUUCACUGCUAGUGAGUGGUGCUGAAGAUAAGGUGAACUACUGGGUGUUUUAAGUGCUGAACGAUAUGUAUGUUGGAUGGAGAACACAGCCCGUGACAGUGUCUCUGUCUCUCUCUCCGGUGUGUGUUUGGUGGUGGCGGACAUCCAGACCUUCGGAAGCAGCUCGGCUGUGGAAGCGAUGAGGAAGAGCCUCUCUCCUUCCCCCAGCAACUCCCUGACACCAGCCAGGGUUUUUGGGGUUCCCCUAGAUGAGGUGCAGCAGAGCGGCCAGCCAGGCCAGGAGGUCCCUCUACUGGUCAGGCACAUCGUAGAGUACGUCGAAGAGCAUGGGCGUCUGGAUCUGGAGGGGCUGUUCCUGGUCAACGGUAAUGCGGAGCGGGUGGAGUGGCUACGGCAGCGCUAUGACUCUGGGGAGGAGGUGGACCUGGAGAAAGAGGCUGACCUGGCCUCGGCCGUCAGCCUGCUCCGUCUCUUCCUGCAGGAGCUCCCAGAACCCAUCAUCCCUGCAGGCAUGCAGGCCCACAUCCUGCAGCUCUACCAAGACUACAGCAGUGAGGAGGAGCUCGCCCGCAACAUGAAGUACUUCCUCCAGCAGCUGCCUCAAGUCAACUACAGCCUGCUGCGCUUCCUGUGCCGCUUCCUGUCCAGCGUGGCCUCGCUCCAGGAGGAAAGCUGGAGCGUUGGAGCCCUUGCCGCCGUCUUCGGACCCGACGUCUUCCAUUUAGACACUGAUGUGGAGGACCUGAAGGAGCAGGAGUCAGUGAGCCGCAUCCUGGCGGAGCUGCUGGAGAAUCAGGAGGAGUUCUUUGACUCAGAGGACGAUGACGUUUCUACCACCAACGACUACAGUUCCAUCAACGAACAGAUCACAGAACUCCUGGACGAUGACAAAUUAGAGGCAUUUGAGGAGCUGCCCCAAGAUGGCGAGGAUGGCCCCCCUUCCGCCUCUGAAUCCCCCCAACACAGUAACACCCAGGUCACCCCCUCUUCAAGGGCGGGCCCCAGUGAGAGGCCAGGGCCGGGGCCAUGCGAGGGCCAUGGUGAAGAGGGCCUGUGUGAGAGUGAGGAGGGCCCCACAAGCAGUCCCCUGUCAGCCCCAGAGACAGAGCGCAGCCCUGAGGCCCAACAGGAUUGUGACUCCCAUAACGGGGCCCUGGAAGAGAGUUCUGGAAUGAACCUGGACCACACCGAGGCUCUCGUAGACACAGAGAACAAUAUCAACACGGCCAGGCAAGAAAACCAAGCCUGUGAGAAGAUGGACCAGGCUGAUCUCAUCGCCUGUGUCUCUGUGUGUGAGUGUGACCAGAAUGCCAACACAGACGCCAGCUGCCCCAGCUCCCACCACCUCCACCGCAUCUUCCCCCACAGCCAGUGGGAAGCACCAUCCCCAAACCAUCUCCCCCUCAUAGACUUCACAUGUAUGCACCUGCAGGGGAGAGGUCAUGACCCCGUGCCAGCCUUCAAGUCAUGGCAGGAUGAGAGUGACUCUGGUGAGGCCCAGCUGUCCCCCCUGGCCGGGCGCAUGGUGCCCCUGCCCCACGAGGAGGACUCCCAUCCCCUCAUGGCCCGUCGCUUCCUGGACUUUGGCCACAGCCAACGCUUCCUGCAGCACCCCGACACAACCUCGCCCACUAAAGCCCACCAGGCCCUGGGGAGGCCUCACCGUGCCUCCUUCACUUCCAAAGAGAGUGCUGUGAGGAACGACUCGGCCCCCCACCAGCUCACCAAAAAGCUGCAGAACCUCAAGAAGAAGAUCAAACAAUUUGAGGAACAGUUUGAGAAAGAGAGGAACUACAAGCCGUCCCAUGGUGAUAGUGCAGCUAACCCAAAGGUCCUCAAGUGGAUGACCGACCUCACCAAAAUCCGCAAACAGUUAAAAGGAAGACAGCAUCUCUUUCUCAAAGGGUCCCUGAGGCACCAGGCGGUGCUUCAGUCAUACAGACGCCACCAAACCUCCUCCACCUCCGCCCCGAACACACCCCAUUUUACACUUGCACGUCCCCUCACUGCCUCUAAACAGACACCCUACCUAUAUGCCAAACACAAGGAGGCUGAGCUGACCCCUCAGACGCGGCCACGCAGCAACACCUUGCCUAAGAGCUUUGGUUCCACCCUGGACCAGGCAGGCCACGAUGUUGGUGGAGAGGCCAAGGGCCACCAACCCACCAGAGAGGAGACCCUGAACCUCAUCCAACGCCGCGUCAAAGGCAAGAGAGAGGAUGACUGCUGGCCAGAGGACACCAAGAAAAUGACCAAGGAGCAGCUGUCGUGUGAGAAGACUGUCCUACAGAAGAACCUCCUGCACUAUGAGGGACUCCAUGGUCGACCUGUGACCAGAGAGGAGAGGCUGGUGGUCAAACCGCUGUACGACCGCUACCGUCUGGUCAAGCAGAUGCUCACCCGCGCCAGCAUCACCCCCAUCAUCGCUUCCCCCUCCAGCAAGCGACGCAACCACACCCUGCAGCCCAUCAUUGAGGGAGAGACUGCCCACUUCUGUGACGAGAUCAAGGAGGAGGAGGAGGAGGAGGAGGGUGAAGUGGAGGAAGAGGAGGCCACAUCCAAGGAGGAGGAAGAGAGCAGUGUGGAGCUCCAGAGCUUGGGGUCAGAGGUGAUCAUGGCUCUAGACCCAGUGUUCCAGCCCCAGACCAGCUCCCAGAGACACAGAGACAGCCUGCUCAUGCCCAAGAUGGAGGAAACCUCUGGGAAACUGGCCCUGGACCUGCGCCUGUCCAGCGCCAACGCCUCGUCAAUGCCUGAGCUCCUGGAGCAGCUGUGGAAGGCCCGGGCUGAAAAGAAGAAGCUAAGGAACACCAUCCGCCAGUUUGAGGAUGAGUUCUACCAGCAGAACGGCAGGAACGUCCAGAAGGAGGACAGGCUACCCAUGAUGGACGAGUACAAAGAGUAUAAACGGAUCAAAGCCAAACUGCGCCUGUUGGAGGUGCUCAUCAGCAAGCAGGAUUCCUCAAAGUCUAUCUAGAGCGAGAAGACUGAGGGAGGCCACCCUGCUUCCCUCCAUCCACCUGACUGAAGGUCCCCCAUCUCACCACGGACUGACAUGUCACCCCUACAUGGCCCCUCCAUUAUCAACCAUCAUCCUACCUGCACCCCUGAGAGACGGCACAGCAUCCACCGUAUCUCACUACUGUCUCCCCAAAACCACCCAUCAGAUUCUGCCAUCCCCAGCUAAUGUUCAGUGUAGGCUCCUUUCUAAGGACUCUGAUGAAGAGACCUCUUCAUCCCACCAGUCAAGACUCGACACACCCUUUUGAUUUCUUUCUACCUGUUUCUUUCAGAGGAAUUCCCUCUUCCUCUUUAGAGUUUAGUGUUUGUUUAAACUUAAUUUUUUUCAUUAACUUCAUGUAUGUUAGCUUUUCAUACUGAGAAAUCCUAUUUAACAGGAGCGUGUAGUGUGUUGUAGUCGCCUGGCCACAAAAUUAACUCUCCCUCCCCCAGAGCAAGGACACUGCUCAUUCUAUUUCCGAUAUUGAUUCAGUUAACCAACUCCACUGUCAUCAUUUAACACUAGGAUGUUUUUUGUGUCGUCUUGAGUGAGAUCUUUUUGGAAAAAGUAAUUAAUGUAUGUUUUCUUGUACAUAAAUAUUUACACAUGUUUGUAUGUUACAGUAUGUCAUUUUUCUUUAAUGAAGAGAUUCUCUCAAGUUUGAAAACUAACUUACAGUUUUAAGUGUCUUAUGAUAUUCCAAUUGUUCUAUUAUUACACAAUUGCCACUAUGGAAACGGAGCGAGUUUUAUCAGUUGGGACUGGUUGUGCUCAUCCUUUGUUUUAAUAUUCAGUCAUCACUGAAAGGAGUUUGACAUACCAGGUAGGCAGGACAGCCAGUUAGGUUCAUCACUUAGCAUUGUUACCUUAACCGUCUCCAUUUUGGCAAUAAGGCUGGACUGCUUGACUUUAGCAUAUAAAUAUGUCCCAAUUUCUUUUACUUAUAUGCUUUCAAUUGCAGAGUGCAUCUUUGCGAGGUGUCUUGAGUUGUCUCUGAUCUAAAGCUGUUCCAACUGCAUCAGUAUUAUGCUAAAUACAGCAUAUGGCAGUGUUACGGCGGGAUGACAAUGGUUGGUGAAGUGUAUGGGAUAUGUCCCAUAGUGAGCCAGUGUUUUUGGCCAGGCAAUGUAGAGCCAGGUCAUUGUCAGGUCCUGGGGAGUUGUCUGACCACAGAGCUCUGAGAAGGCUUUACCACAGCCAAGCAGAACCAAUAGCACCUCGACCCCUGUCAUCAACAAUUUGACCCUGUCCCUAUAUAUCCCAAAGUUCCUAAGGGCUUCGUUCGAUAGGUCACAUACAACUACAACAGAAUCAUAGUGAUGCAUGUUGGGAAUGACACUGGAGUGUGUCUGGUCUUUUGGCGUCAGGCCUCCUGCCUGCCACUCCGUAGAUAUUAUCGACCCCAACCUUUUGACCCCUAGCUAAACUAGCAGUCAGCCCCGAGGCAGCCUCACAUCACUAUCCUUCAGAAGCUAUCUGGACUUGACAAGACCAAGCAGGAACUUUGUCUGUUCAAAUGACUAGUUCUAGUCCUGGCGAUAAAAUACACAAACCUUUUAAGAUCUAGAUGCCUACGCACUCCUUAGGGCAGGGUGGGGAAUUACUGCUGUAUGCUAGUUGUCCAGGAAUGGUUUGGAAUGAGAAGACAUCCCCAGUGGCACUGACUUUAAAGAUCUGCAUCUGUUUCAGCAGGUAGAAUAAUGUCAGACCAACACACCCAGAAUGACGGAAUCUAGUUUUGCCUGAAGGACGUUAGCACUGAACCAGGAGUUUGGCCUUCGUCUCUCACUUCGUCUCUCACAGUCCUGUAACCUUUGUUUUGAGUUGGCAGGGUUUGGUAUACUGUAUGUACUGGUGAACAGUGUGGAGAGGUUCUAGACGUUAUUUGCACAGCAUUCUAAGAAUGCAGCCCUUGUUUUGUUUAUAGAUUUGUUCCUUUGUUUUAGAAGCACAAUUUAUAUGGAAGGAUGAACGUCAGAUUUGUAUUAUUUUGAACACUUUUGACCCGUUUACUUUCUGUGAUGUUCAAACAUUAGUUUAUUUUUUUUUUUUUAUGACCAUUUAUUUAGAAUAAUCUUUUUUUGUAACCUUUCACUAAUACUUCGAUACAGUGUAGAAUCUCUAUUGGAUAGGAAUCUUCAGUGUUUUGUAUAAGCUAGACUGUAGUUGGCUUGCAUGGCAAAGAUUUGUAUUGUUUCAUUUUUGUGCCAUGAAGAUCGAGCAAUAAAUUAGCGUUGAGGCCUGUAUCAAUGGAAUGUGGGGCCUUGUUAACCCUGUAUGUGCAUUUUCUGAGUAUACGGCUGAUUAAUGUUUAAUCUAUUAAUGGAACUAACUGUUUUCUACCUUGCAGACCAACCCAUGAAACUGUCCCUUGACUAUAACUGCUGUGAGAUUUCCACUGCGACUCAGUUUUCUUUCUGCUAAACCAGCAUUUAUAUAUUUUUUGUUGUCAGCAUAAUGUUGUUUGGGGCACUGCUUAAACCAAAUGUAACAAGAUUAUUAAUAUGGAGGGACAUUUGGACCGAACUUUCCGAUUUAUAUUAUUUAAAAAGGAAACGAGUGAAAUUGGUCGAUCGAUUUAUUUCCAUGUCCAUUUCUCAAGGGCUUUUUU